UCACAACAGGGUGUUCAACCGCACCACCGUUUCCGUUUAAAAAACGUUUUGCAACGGUUUGUCGGGGCUGAACGCAGCCUUGGAUUGCAGCGAGAUCUACGGUUUUGACUAGAAGGGAUACAGUUACAUCCACUGGGCAUGCGCACUUCAAUACCGCAUAAUUUUUGUCACGCUGAAAACAGUUGAUUAAUAUUUUUUUAUUAUUUUAAGGUUAGAUUUAGGGUUGGUGUAGGUGUAGGCGUUAGAUAAUGUAAUUUAUUGUAAUUAUAUGGUGAGAUUUUGCACCACUUCUGGCUGUGGCUUUAUCCGUUCUAGCAACAACUGAGAUCUACUUGCUCAAGUGGAGGACGCCGCUGCGCUGUCUGUCGCCCUCUGGCGGAUCUCACAGGACUUACAGACGCCAUCAUGUUGAUCAGGUGGGGAAUCUGCAGCGUAGGAAAAAUCAGUCAUGACUUUACAGUGGCUCUGAAGACCCUGUCACCUGAACAUCAUCAGGUGGUUGCUGUGGCCGCGCGUGACCUGAAGCGCGCGCAGGAGUUCGCGCGGACGCAUGACAUCCCGCGCGUGCACGGCAGCUAUGAAGCUCUGGCCAAAGAUCAAGAGAUCGACGUGGUGUACGUGGGCGCCAUUCACCCUCAUCAUCUGCGUCUGGGUGUUUUAUUCAUGAACUUGGGGAAGAACGUGCUGUGUGAGAAACCUCUGGCCAUGAAUCUGAGGGAAGUUCAGGAGCUGAUCGCCACAGCGAAGCGGAACAACGUCUUCCUCAUGGAGGCGGUUUGGACUCGAUUCUUUCCGGCGUCGCUGGAGAUCAGUCGGCUGCUGUCUCAGAGCGCGGUCGGGGAGGUGAAGAUGGUGCGGGCGGACUUUGGCGUUCCUAUCAUGCAGACGGCUCGCUCUGUGCAGAAAGAGCUGGGCGGAGGCGCUCUGCUCGACAUCGGCAUCUACUGCCUUCAGUUUGUGUUGAUGGUUUACAACGGAGAAAAACCCGAGGGUGUCCAAGCUACUGGAGUGUGUCUGGAUACAGGGGUAGAUGAAGGAAUGAUUGUCACACUGAAGUUCUCUGGAAACAGAAUGGCCGUGUGUAUCUGCACGAUCGCUGCAGAGCUUCAGAACGAGGCCGUCAUCGCCGGUACUAAAGGCACCGUCAAGAUUCCCGCUCAUAUGUGGUGUCCGACGUCUCUGAUGGUCAACGGUGUGGAGACUCAGUAUCCCGUUCCUGAACCCGCUCUGCCUCUGAACUUCAUCAACAGCACAGGCAUGCGCUAUGAGGCCGAGGAGGUCCGACAGUGUUUACUGGAAGGUUUGAAGGAGAGCUCACGCAUGUCUCACGCAGACUCCGCUCUGCUGGCCGAGAUCAUGGAUGAAGCCCGGAGGCAGGUGGGCGUGGUCUACAGUCAGGACAACCAAUGAGCUUUAGCUGUCGCUCACACGCAUCCUGAUAGCUGGUGUUUGACACAACAUUCAGGUGUCCUGUCGGUACACGCUCCGGGAUGCCUGCACGAUCCGACCCCGCAUGCGCAUAAUGACGUAGUAGAUAAUUCUGUUUAGCGACGACACUGCACGAUCUGUUCCACGCUUGAGCACCUUUGUACCGCGACUUUCACUACUGUCCACCUCUGGUCUCAUGUCACUUCUGUGUGCACACUAUGCGUUGAAAUACUCUGUAACGUUUCCCCAGACUUGUUUGUAGUUCUUUCUUCAUGUAAGUGCAGAUAGUCUAGGCAGAAAUGCAUAUUAUGUUCCUUAUUGUGUUCUCUAAACACCAUUGAAGGGAUUAUUCCUCAUUUAGAUUAUAUAGAUAGAUAUAUUAGCCUAUAUAUAGACCCAUACUAAUACAAAAUGAGUCGAUUUAAAGUUAACUAAUAUUAGCAGCUUUUAAUAAAAACCGUCUUUGACAAUACUACUGACCUCAGAUCGAAACACGGCAAGUUAAGUAGGCCUAAUGCCAUGCAGCAAUGAAUCGCAAAGGGGAGUAUGGAGGAAACUGAAUGUUUGCAGUGACAGACUCUCAAGAAUCAGACUUUAUUCCACAUGUAACCAAAAUCGUGUAUGUUCAUGUAACAACUCCUUUAUUAUUUUGGAUUGGCAACCACGUAAACACAUCGUAAUGCAUAGCGUAAGCUACAUUUUAAAACAUCAAAAUAGACCCGCCAUGAACUGUUAAAUGAAAAACACAAUGUAGCCUACAAAAAUAUGCCGCCAGUUGUGCCGUCUGGCCGUCAAGCGUUUCAUCGCAUGCUUGAUACCAAUAGCGUAGGGAAACCGUGACGUUGUUUACUACGUCAUUAUGCGCAUGCGCAGAACGGAUCGUGCAGGCAUCCCGGAUCGUGUACCGACAGUCCUGUUUAAACUGUUAAUAAACAUCUAUAUCAUGUGAAUGAUUGAGCUGAAGUAGCAUCUUCAGAUUUAUAAAAGAUCAUGACCUGACGGUUUUAAUUUUACUGUGUUUAUACAACAGUGUGAUAAAUGGACCACUUUGGAAUAAAUCUGAGUUUUUCUCUGAUUUAAUUCUGAUCUAUGUGCAAAUUUCUGGGCAUCCUCUGAAGGAGUCAUUGAGGGAAAAUUUCAAUUUUGGCAAAGUACCAAGUAAACACCUACACUAUAUAUAUCGCACUGUUGCUGUGUAUAUCCACAACAUUCUUAUUUAGCUGUUAAUGGUCAUGUAAAUAAAUCAGUGUUUCAUUUUAAGAGCUUACGGGGACAGUCAUGUGUAAAAUCUUUGCCUGAACGGCACGCAGGACUCUUCUUCAGCCACAGAUUAAAGAGAAUCUCACUAAGCAAGUGAAACUCUUAAUGUUAGAAAUCAGAUUUAAUGGCGCAGAUAUUUAAUAGAAGGAAAAUAGAAAAA